AUUCAUUCUGUGCGCGUUGAAGUGGCGUCGCCCCGAAGGCGCAUUGUCCUCUCUGUGUGCGCCGCCAGCGGGGCAGGGUGGGAGAGACCCAGUCAGGCAGGCUGAGCUUUUUAAAACAUCAGAGGAGACUAUAAAAGUGCUUCAUGCCCGCUGCUGGAUCGGACCUCAGACAGGCGGAGGAGAAGGGGGGGACAACACUGUUCAAGGUUCAGCAGCGGAAAUCUGAGCUGCGACCAAGACGCAGGCGCCGGCAGAGUUCAUCCUCAGGGGAGUUCAACCUUUGCGGCUUCACCAGCGAAUUAGUGCCGGACACUUUUCUGCUCAUUUCCACUUUAGUGAUUGGGAUGCCAGUCUGCCGCACCGCUUCCCUUCUGUACGUCUGAGCUGGACCCGCCGGUGCCGCGCUGAUCCCGAACCGGGAUCAAAAGAGUUGGACUCGUACGCGUUUAACUGGUCCGUGGUUUAAAUCCCCACCAAAAUGGUAUCGCGCCCGCAGGACGCGCUGUUCGGCAAAAGUUUGCUGUGGACGGUGCUGAUCCUCUGGCUGUCCACGUUUGUUGACGGGACCUGGAAGACUGGACUUUACAAAGGAUACUCGGCCGGGACGCAGAAGGCAGCCGCUCACACCUCAGUCUACCAGAAAAGCUAUAAGACAGUAGUGAGACCGUCGUACAAAGUGGUGUACCGCACUGUGACCUCGCUCGAGUGGAAAUGCUGUCCAGGAUUCAGCGGCACUGCUUGCCAAGAAGAUCCAGCGAACCAGCCCGUAGCUCAAGAGGCAGUCAGGAGAGCCUCCGCUCUGAGGCGUCCGCCGGCACGAACAGGAGAAUCAAUCGCAAGUUGUCUGAACUGCAGUCGAAUCACAGCUUUAAGCGAAAAGCUCAACUCGCUAGAGUCAAAGGUGCUAUUGCUCACAGCGCCGGGCAGCAUUUCCCAUCGCCACCUUCAAAGCAAAGGAGGAACUGCUCCAGAGGCCUCGCUGCUGAUGGGUGCAGUCUCGGCUCAGGGAGCCCCCGGUGAGCAGGGACCUGCAGGUCCUCAGGGUGAAAAGGGCAGAGAUGGACUUCCUGGCAGAGAUGGAAAGCCAGGAUCUCGAGGGCUGCCAGGUCCCAGUGGGCCCCCGGGGGAGGUGGGAGCGAGGGGUCCGUCCGGAGCUCCCGGAUCGAAGGGCCCACCCGGACCAGCAGGGCCCCGCGGUCCCCCCGGGUUCCCAGGAGAGAGAGGUCUACCAGGGCUGCCAGGGCCACCUGGACCUCCAGGCCCUCCGUCGCCAGCUGCUGCUCGGAUCCCAGAACCAGACCCCAAUGGUGGAAAAGAUCCCUUCUUCACCAACACUUUCCAUGACUCCAGAGGUUUGCCUGUUCCAGGACCUGAGGGUCCUCCCGGGCCUGUUGGUCCCCCAGGUCCCAGAGGCCCUGUAGGACCUCCUGGCCCAUCGGGACAGAACGGUAGACCCGGAAUACCUGGGGCACCAGGCUCAAUAGGUCCAAAAGGAGACCGCGGGGAUAGAGGUCCGUUAGGUUAUCCUGGAGAGAGAGGCUUCAGAGGUGAGCCGGGAGCGCCAGGUCCCAAAGGAGAGCCAGGGGAGAAGGGCUUGCCGGGGGACGGCAUACAUCAGAUCAGAGAGGCGCUGAAGAUCUUAGCCGAGAGGGUUUUAAUCCUUGAGACUAUGAUCGGUAUUCAUGAGCCUGAUCUAGGGUCUGGGGACGGACCCUUCGGCACAUCCUCCCCUAGUUUCUACAGAGAAAAGCGAGCCGGUGCUCUUCCACAUCGACUUGCUUCUCCUCUGUUCGCCGACACCAAGGUCCGAGGGAAGUAGCACCCCUGUCCUCCGCACUGACCCCGUGGAUCACAGACUGGGCCUUCCCCUCCAACAGGUCUCUCACCGGCGUUCAGCACAUUCAGACCUUAUCCGGUGCCCAGUCUGGGCUCUUAUCAAAUGGUUAAGAAUGGGGGUCACCUCAGGGAAACUCAACGGAUAACUCCACGACACCCUGCUACAUCCGCAACCCGAGAACUGCUUUGAUUUACCUCCAUCUGAAUAUAUAUUUAAAAGAAAAAAACAACUGCUUGUCUGUUUUAUCUCUUUAGCUACAGAACUUAAGACAUUAGUAACCAUGUUUAAAAAAAAAAAAAGGAAAAUCUUCAUCCAGGUUGCCAUGGUUCAGAAACAAACAGUUCUAGACAAUAAGGGUCCAUUUGGAGAAAAGCAGAAAUCAGUUUUUGCUGCUUUCAGUUUGUCCGCAAUCUGAAGAGGGUCCAUUAUUUAAGUACUCUGAGCUUGUGCAGUCUGCAUUACAAAAUUGCAAACAUCCUGCUUCCUGUAGUAUUAGUUUUCUUAUCAUUUCAUCUUAUUGUUUAACUCAGUGUUAUGUAGUGCACUAAAGAGAUGAAGUCAUCGCUAUUCGAUGUGUGUUUUUAACUAGUGAUUUGUAGUCUUCUGGUGUUUUUUUUUGUCGUCUUUGUUUUGGUUCUGUUUGUUUUGUCCCCUGUUGUAUAAGUGACUGAUUAUCGAUUUGACAUGAAAUCUGCACAAACAUCGGCAUCUAUGUUGAAUGGUGCUGCAGUCUGAAAACUGAACGUGUUAAAAUUAAAACGGCGCUCCGCUGACUCAGAUCUCUCACACAUACACACACACACACGGAGGAAACUUAUCUGAACUUGAACAUAUUUUACCACUGUUGUGUUGUACGACCGCUUAACCUGCUCUGAUGAAAACCCUUUUUUCAUCUUACAUCAAAGUUAUUGUGAAGCUAUUUAAAAUUGUAGUUCAUGUUGUAAGCUGUUGUGUAACCAUUUUGUGUUUUUUUUUUUCCAUUUUCUUGCAAAUGUGUUACUGUGUUAAGAUAAUCCUGCUUAGAUGUAAGUGUAAUAAAAUGUUUUUAUUAUUAUUU